AUGAUGGAGAAGCGCCCGCUGUGCUUUGCGUAUCUGCGUGACUUUGUGAAGGAGAAGAAAAAGCAGGGCAAGCUCACUCGACUACUUUCUGGGUAUAAGGCAGGAGAGCUUGAUCUGAACAACUCUGUUUUGAGGUUUAAACGCGACGUAAUGGCGCUGACUGAAGAACUGGCCUUUCAUGCCCUUCAACAAGCUCAAGCAACCCGGACCACCACCAACGAAAGCGAAGAAGUUUCUAUGGAUUUAAUUGACUUAUAG